GUUUCACAAGAAAUGUCGUUAGCGUUCGCAAAAGAUGCCCAGGCUAAUGCAAAACCGGAUAAAGCUACGAUCCAGAGGCUAUUGGAUGAAAACAGCCAGCUUAUUAAAUUAAUAAUGCGAUAUCAAAGCAUGGGAAGGUAUGUAAAUGCUUCGUUAAUAUUCGGUUUUUGUGAAAAGAGCAUACUUCCGAUAAAAGGAUGGCCGGUGUAA